AUGGAGACAGUCGACGAUGACAUCUUGGCGCUCUGUGUUCCCGCCGCCGGCGCCGACGGCGACCUGGACGCAUGGGUCGCCGCGCUCCACAGCACGUCGAUCGACGCUGCUACAUUGCCCGACCAGAGUAUGCGGCCUGCCAAGCGCCGUCGCACGUCGUUGCGCGACGAAGUCCUGCACCUCCGCGCCAAGCACGACGCGCUGACCGCGCAGCUCGACGCUCUCACAGCCAACGCGUCGGCGAUGACGACGCCAUCUUCCAUCUGGGCCGACCGGGCGAAAGACCAGGCGGUCGCGGCGCAACUCGCGCUGCAUGAAAACGCUCGUCUCCAAGAGCUCGUCCGCGACCAGCUCAAGACUAUUGCGGCGCUUCAGCGCGCGUUCGCUCGCAAACCAAAGCUCUGUGACUUUCCGUGCUUGGCAUCCUGGAAGCUGGCGACGCUUGGAACAUCCGGUCGGCGCGAAGCCAAGGCCAAGCUCAUGCAGCACCAAUACGAGUUGCUCGCAACCGAGUGGAUUCGCCACGGACUCCACGACAUUGAUGCGCAAGGCAAUGACGUGCGCAAGCGCUUUAUGCAAGUGGUCGACGACGCGCUCUAUGUCCACUUUGUCGAGUGCCAUGCGUACCCCGUCGACUACACCGUGAUUGCUGAUGCGGUGUGGGGCAUGCUCACCCGGCAGCUCAAGCCACAGCCCGAGCUCUACAGCGUCGCCGAGGACGUCGAUAUCGACGACGACAUUGUGUACAUUCGAUUCCUCGCGAUCCUUGAUGGCACGGCGAUGCCGCCAAUAAACGGCCGACUGCUCGCCCGUCGGUUCGUCGAGAGCAACCGCAUCGUCUUUGUGACCCGGUCGAUCGUGGACGACGCCUUGUUUCCUUCGGACCCUGGUCAUUUUCAUGACAAUCAGUGCUCGUGGAUCGUCGUGGAGCCACGCGGCGAGAAGGCGACGUGGCUUUCGUCAUAUGCUCGGUUUGCGCCGCCGACCGUGACGGACGACAGCACGAUCACAGACGUGACGCCCGGCAUGUACACGGACUGUAUUUUGCAGCUCAUGGACGAGAGCGGUAUCUCCAUCUUUGAUGCUUUACAAAGCGUCAUGUCGACCACAAACUAG